UCUGAUAGGUCCACUGCGAGGAAGUGGGUUAUGGCGGCGUAAACAAGGCGAGGGUCGGUUGUUGAGUGAAGCGGCCAUCGCAAAUAAACUUUUUACUUUUAAAAACACAGCCACAGCAAAAAACAAAAACAAAAAAAAAAAAACAAGUAUGUUUUUCGUACGAGGAGCUAUUCUCUGGGCGGACACGAUUAAAAACCCAACAAACCGAUCCCACGGCUGUUUGGUAGCUCUGUGAAAACCUUGCGGCGCGGUUUGCUCAUUUAACCGAUAAAUAACUGUGUAAAAAUGCAAUGUGUCGUGACGGGAGGAAACGUGAAAGUGCUGGGCAAAGCCGUCCACUCUCUGUCCAGGAUCGGAGACGAGCUGUACGUGGAGCCUCAGGAAGAAGGGCUGGCCCUGCGGUCUGUGAACUCCUCUCGUUCGGCGUACGCUUCCUUCCUGUUCGCGCCGCUCUUCUUCAGCAGGUACUCCAUCCCCAGGGGGCUCAACUUCCGCUGCAAGCUGGCAAUAAAGAGUGUGCAGACCGUCUUCAGAUCUCUUGCAACUUUAGAGAAAACGGUGGAAAAAUGUCACAUCGGCCUUGACGAGCAAAAAGACCGCCUAACUUUCACGCUGCACUGCAAACAUGGCCUCCUGAAGACGCAUAACCUGUCUUACCAGGACAGCGAGAGCUUGGAGGCCGUGUUCGAUAAAGACAGCUGCGCCAACGUGUUCAGAGCCCAGCCCAGAGUGCUGGUGGACACGGUGGUGCACUUCCCUACGUCCCUGGAAGAAGUGACCCUGACACUGAGUGACGAACGGAUGUGGGUCAGGAAUCAUGUGGAGGACGAAGCAGAGCGCUCCAAGGCCGUGCUGACCGAGCUGUGUCUGGCUGCGGAUGAGUUCGACCACUUUGACAUCAAACUCCACAACAGCAUCACCUUCUGUCUGAAGGAGUUUCGGGGUUUGCUGUUGUUCGCUGAGUCCACCGGCCUCCCUGUGACUAUGUACCUUGAUGAGCCCGGCAGCCCCGUGGUGCUUUCAGUAACGGACAGCGUUCUGGAGGGGAAUUUCGUGCUGGCGACGCUUUCGGAUGAUCACUAUCUCCGCCAGAGCAACAGAGGAGCCGACGCGGAGCAGACGCGGCCUCCCGACGACUUCAUGAACGACGACAUGGACGCCUAUCUGAUCGCCAUGGAUUCCAGCGUGGCACCGGGGCCCUCCACCGCAGACCCGCCCGCGCCCUCAUUAGCCGCAUUCAGAAAGCCCCCGGCGCCCAAUUACAGGACCCGAACCUACAGCGAGGAGGAGGAAGAUGGGGAGGAAGAUCCAGAGAGGCCACCAGAUAAAAAGUUCCGCUCCCUGUUCUUCGGGUCGGUGCUUCCUCCGUCCCCUCGGAGGAGCUCGCAGCCUUUCACCACUCAGGAAGUGCUGGCCAGCGACAGCGAGGAGGACGAAGCUGAAGCAGACUGACGGUCAGAACCACGGGGCGGAUCGGACGGACGGGAAACCUGAGAGCGCUGUUACAGCACCACACCUGGCACCACACCUGGAUUACUUGAAACGAGAGAAACUGACUUUUAGUUUUUACCGAGGUUACCUGGGCCUCCGUUGACAGACUGUGCUGCCACUGUUCUUCCACUGCAUCCCAGACCGAGGACUCUGAGGUGCAUGUUGAGCUUAAAAACUGUGAUAAUGUGAAACAUGAAGCACUUCAGUUUGUUUUUGUUUUUUACUUGUCUGGUUGAUGGAGAAGCACCAAAGAAAAUAAAUUAGCUUUUCAUAUUA